UGCUAAGCUUAUUUUCAGGCUAAUUACAGCAAAAUACUCAUGAAAUGCCAGUAAAAUGAAUUAUAACUUGUUUAUUUUUACUAGUUAUCAGUUAAGGUCAGGAUCUCUUUUUUUUAUAAACGUUAUUUACAAAAAGAAAAAAAUAAUAAUAAACAUGUAAAAUAAAAAAUAAAAUAAAGCUUAGAUGUUAAACGAAGACACGGUUGGACAAUACUUGAUAAUUCUGGGAAAAAAAAAGGUUUAUGGAAAUACACCCGUCACUUCCGCGAGCAAUUUACGCAACUUCCGCUAACUUUGUUAGCGCGCCAUUAAGAUAAGCUGUGAAAGUACCGCCUGUCGACGCUCCGGUGUCUUUGUUCUUGUUUUUCUUCUCUCGUUGGGUUUUAGGUCUUUCUUUUGUGUCAGUAUGGCCGAUAAGAUGAGCAUGUCUCUGGACGACAUUAUCAAAAUGAACAAAAGAGAAGGCCGCGGAGGAGGACCGUCCGGACGGGAGAGAGGAUCCGGUCGAGCCGGCGGAUCGUCGCGGCCGCCGGGUCGCGGUCGACAAAGUAACUUUAGCCGCGAGAGGACCAACAGACCCGCACCGUACACCCGGCCGAGGGAGUUACCAGACAAGUGGCAGCACGACCUGUUCGAGGAGCACUCUCGCGGUCCGAGAGCCCAGAGUCCGGCAGCAGACGGCGACUUUGGAGGAAGCAGCAGCAAGCUGCUCAUUUCUAACCUCGAUUUUGGAGUUUCUGACUCAGACAUAAAGGACCUCUUUGAAGAGUUCGGAGCUUUAAAAACAGCAUCGAUACACUACGAUCGCUCUGGUCGUAGUAAAGGAGUCGCUGAAGUUCACUUUGUAAAUAAAGCCGAUGCCCUCAAAGCAAUGAAGCACUACAACGGCGUCCCGCUCGAUGGUCUCCCCAUGAAAAUCCAGCAGGUACCCUCAGACGCCGGCACACAGAGUUCAAGCAAAGGCUUUGACCGAAGCCGGCUGGGUCAGCCCCGCUUUGAACGGAGGCGAGGGGGCAGCAGCUCAGGCUUCAGAGGGCGGGGCCGAGGAGGUGGAGGUAAACCUCAGGUGACGGCGGAGGAGCUGGACGCUCAGCUGGAUGCUUAUAAUGCUCAGUGCCAGAUGGACACCAAUUAAAGACGUUGGAGGAUCCAGAGUUUUUUUGUUUUUUAAGUCACUGACUCUGAAUAAAUUCCAAUUAAGCUUUGAAGCUGUUCCAUUAUAGACCAAUAAGGUCUAUUAUUUUUAUUUUUGGUAUUUUUAUAGUCCAGUUGUUUUUGAGCAGAUGUUUGUAAAUGUCCGUUUGCCUCAAACCUGCAUUUCUUUUUAUUUGGUGACAUGAGUAUGACGUAACAAAUGGUGUUAAAUAUAUUUCAAUGAUUUCUGUCAUUUGGUACUGUACAGUUCACUUGUGAACCUGCUCAGACUUUUGUAUAUAAAUGCAAUACUGUGAUUAUCUUUUUGAAAA